GAAGGACAAAAUUUGCAGUUUUAUCAAAUAUAAUGUUAAAAACCAAAAAUUGGGAUUACCCAAAACCACACUACCAUUAUAAAUCAAAUGCUCCACUAGUCUACUUUCUUCCGUUUUCAUCGAUCGCUUCUCGCUCCCCAUGGACAAUCCUCCGCAGCUUAAUUCAAACCAAUUUUCGAUUAUCGAUUUGCUCGAAUCCAGAGCCUUCUCAUGGAUUUUCGUUGCAGAUCACCAUGACCCAUGGCGAGCAACAGCCUCAUGGAUCCUCUUCCUCCUCCUAACAUUUCUAACUCCAGUUUUCUCUCACUUCGCCUUCCAGUGCUCCGCCUGUGAUUACAAUCACCGCCGUCCCUUCGAUUUGAUCGUUCAAGUGUCCCUCUCUGUUUUCUCGACGCUCUCGUUCGUUAGUCUCUGGCGGUUUACUCGGAAGUAUGGUCUCCGGCGGUUUUUGUUUCUUGAUGAAUUGGACGCUGUUAGUGAUAAAGUUCGCCGGCGGUAUUCGGAGGAGCUCCAUAGAUCUACGACACUUCUCUAUACUUUUAUCCUACCAUGUUUUCUCGCGGACACUAUUUACAACAUAUGGUGGUUCAUAUCCGGUGGAAUCAAGAUACCCUACUUUUACAACGUUUACUUUAGCCAUGCAAUGGCAUGCACGUUGCACAUGAGUUCUUGGUUAGACGAUUUUGCUCGAGUGUUUGACAAGUUGUGUGAUGUGGUUCCAAUAUUGGUUGAACACCUCACUAUUAGAAGAAAUCUUCGAGUUAUAAGCCAUAGGUUUCGUGUGUUCAUUUUGGCUACAUUGAUCUUGGUUACUGCAAGUCAAUUUGCUUCAUUGCUUGUUACGACGGUGGAUGGUUCGGUUGUUGACCUGUUGACUACCGGAGAACUUGCGUUAUGCUCCUUUACCCUUCUAUUUGGUAUGUAUAUAUGCCAACGAAGUGCGGCAAAAAUCACACACAAAGCGCAAUCUUUAACAAGCUUGGUAACCAAAUGGCAUAUAUGUGCAACCAUUGAUUCCUUCAUAGACAUGGGCACCACGGAUGAGACUCCGAGGUCAAAUAUCAAUCCACAAAUGGCGGAUUUAGAUUUCGAUAAUGAGGUAGGAGAUGGUGACGAUGAACUAGACAAUACAAAGUUCAUCCCUGUUUAUAAGCACUCGAUAUCAUACCAGCAAAGACAAGCUUUAGUGACGUAUAUCGAGAACAAUGAAACUGGGAUCACGGUGUACGGGUUCAUGUUAGAUCGGAUGUCUAUAAACACGGUCUUUGCAAUUCAACUAUCUCUUGCUUUGUGGUUGUUGGAUAAAACCAUUGGCUUUACAUGACCAUUUUAAGUGGUUUCUUGUUAGAAGCUAAUCAGAUUCUUAUAGAAACAUGAAAUGUACAUGUUUAUUCUUAUAAGGGCAAUAUACAUAAAAGGCUUUUAUUUUACCAUUUAUGGAUUUACCCAGCAAAAAUGAUAAAAUAGCAAAAUAUAUUGUGUUUUUCUUUAUUACAGACUUUUUUCAAAACCGGGAAAAGUAAU